UCGGCCACCAUUACGAGAUGCCGCUGCUGUGGCAGAGCAUCAUCAUGAUCGGCACCAUGCUGGUCAUGCUGAACCUUUGCACCGACGUCCGGAUGGCCGCAGAACUCAACACCAAGAGACGCUCCUUCUUAGCGACAGACAGUAAGGACGAAGAGGUCAGAAUCCCUAAGAGGCUCUUUCUGGACUUUGAGUGGAGCUACUUUUGGUCAUGGAGUCGCUUCGUGGACUACGUUCAGUGCGUGCUGGCCUUCACGCUGGUGGCAGCCUACAUCACCUACCUCCUACUGGACUCCGCGCUGUUUGUGGAGACCUUGGGCUUCCUGGCGGUUUUCACCGAGGCAAUGCUCGGAACGCCGCAGCUCUACUGCAACUAUCAGAACAAAUCCACAGAAGGCAUGAGCAUCAAGAUGGUUCUGAUGUGGACCAGCGGCGACACCUUUAAAACGGGCUACUUCCUGCUCACAGAGGCUCCCGUGCAGUUCUGGACAUGCGGCCUGCUGCAGGUCUUUGUGGACGUCGCCAUCCUCUUCCAGGUUUACUACUACAGCCGUUACCCGCAGAAACCGGUGUCCCACACCGUCUCCCUCACCACCAGUGCCAAAGUUCUUUAGGAGCCGCCACACAUCAUCAGGAAACUCAGAGAGUCUAAAGAUAGAGGAAUACCAAAGGACCUGAUCAAGCAAGCUGCUCAAAUGCGAAGACAAACACACUUAAAUAUGGCUUCUACGCCUCGGAGGUUCUUAAGGGACGCCUGAUUCACUCAAAAUCUAUUGUAUUUUUGAAGCUAUAGACUUCCUCUCGAUGUGCUGAAAUGCAUGCACCCUCUAAUGCACAACCAAUCAGCCUGCGCAUGUGGAGGAACACUCUUCAUACCCAUAUGUAAACUUCACACACGUUCGCACUGAGCUCAGACCAGUUUCUGUCGUCCACAUUGUGAUGAAUGUUGCAUCGAGCCUCUGCCUUAAUUUUCCAAUCACUCAUGACCCGCUGCUACCAGCUACUGAGUAUUUGUAAUGGAUUCACAGUGCAAAAAAAAA